AUGCGUAAAAAAAAAGUAAUUAAAAAACAUGUAAUUAAUCCGGACCCCAAGUUUGCCUCCGUAAUUGUUAGCCGCUUAAUUAACAAAGUAAUGAAAAAUGGUGAAAAAAGAAAAGCCCGCAAGAUAGUUUACGAAGCCGCCCAAAUAAUUGAAAAAAAAACUUCUUUGUCCUUUUUGACUGUGCUGGAAGGGGCACGGGUCAAUAGCAAGCCAGGUUUAGAAAUGAAAAGCCGACGCGUUGGGGCUGAAAAGAGACGGAUUCCCAAAGAAAUUGAUGAUGAACGAGGCGAAAAAAUAGUAUUGAGGUGGCUAGUGGAAGGAGCGCAUGAAGAUGAAAGCCCGAGUCCAAUGUCCGAAAAAUUGGCAAAGGAACUUCUUAAUGCUUAUAAUAAAUCUGGUGCCGCCUACAAAAAGAAAGAAAAUCUCUAUAAAGAAGCCGAAUCAGGUAUUGAAAAUGGAAAGAUUACUUCCAGUAAUCCGAACUUGGUUCCCAUUGAAAUAAUUAAGGAAUUUGCGGAAAAAGAAAUAGGAUUUUGUGACAGUAAAAUGAUAGAAUAUUUUGAAUCACAAAUGGUGGUGAAAAAAAAUAAUGGUGAUAGUUCGCCAAUAGUCAAUAAUCCUACUUAUCUUAAUCAAUCACCGCAACCCGAAAAUAACCACACCGGUCAGUCGGCAAAAAUUAAUGCUAAUGAUACCAACCAACAAUCUCCCAAAAUAGGACGGGAAUUGACUGAAAGCAGAGAGCCAGAAAAAAAGAAAGCAGAAAUAGCAAAAGAUAAUAAAGAAAACGGACUCAAUAAAAAUGAAUUGCUGGUUAUCGAUUUGAAAAAUGUCAAAAAAAUAAUUUUGCGGGACGAUGGCAAAUUAGAAAUUGAGUUUGACAAAACCCAAAAUGACAAUUGUUCAAUAAUCCAAGUUAUAACUGACGAGCAAAUAAAAGAUAACCAAGAAUUACAAAAAAUUAAAAAUUAUUGUCAAAAGAAUGGCAAAAAUAGUUUAAACCAGCAAGAAUUAAAUAAUCUUCUCAAUUCCAGCAGCACUUAUAAUUUGACAAAUAAACCCGUGAAUAACAAUUACAUGUUAGAAAUAGGAUUAAGCAUAGCCGUCGCCUUAGUGAAAUUAAUUGCCAAAAUUAAAUCUGAGUUGGAAAAAAAAGGUUGGAGUGAUAACGUUCGGGAGUUAAAAUUUGUUAGCGAUAAUAAUAAAAAAAAUAUUUUAAAAGGUUAUCUUCUUAGUUAUUGUGAUUUGACUCCUCAAUUAAUUUUUUUUCUUUGCCAAAUGCCAGAGGAAAAUAAAUUGCCGGAUCCGGUUUCCGAAGAGGCGGUUAAAAAUUUCUUCGCCAAAAUGAAAGAAGAAAAGGUAAAAAGAAUAAAUGAAAAUUAUGAAAAAGUUGAUUUCAAUAUUGGCGAUUUGGUUAAAAUUACCGAAGGAACCUUUAUCAAUCGGGAAGGAAGAAUUACCUAUUUAGACAAAAAAAAACAAAAAGUUAAGAUUAUCAUUGAGUCUUCAGGUUGA